AUGUUUACUCCGGGAGGAGGAUUCGGUGCUGCUCCAGCCACCCCGUUUGGUCAGCAAGCACAGCAGCAACCUCAAACUCCAUUUGGCCAGCCAACUCCAAUGACUCCUUCUAUAUUUGGUACUCAGCAACCAGCUGCACCUCAAUUCGGCCAACCUCAACAGCAGCAGCAGAUGGGAUCAUUCGCAACAACACCAGCUCAGGCGCCACCUACUUCUUUAUUUGGUACCGCGCCUACUAGUGCUGCCCCUCAGUCUUCUCUUUUUGGUGCCCCUGGUACCCAACCUCAACAACAGCAGCAGACAAACUUAUUUGGUGCUGCUCAACAACCUCAGCAACAACAGCAACAGACCAAUUUAUUCGGUGCUCCUCAGCAACCUCAACAACAGCAACAGACAAACUUAUUUGGCGCUCCUGCGCAACAGCAACAACAGCCAUCAUCCUCAUUAUUUGGAACACCAGCUGUAGUAGCUUCUGCACCUGGUUCAUCCUUAUUUCCACAACCCGCGGCUCCCGCAACAUCGUCCCUAUUUGGUGGUCAACAGCCUGCAGCUCCUCAAGCAGGCGGAUUGUUUGGUCCUGCAACAAUUCAAGCACCUCCGCCUGCCCAAGCAGGAGCUCCAAAUCCUUUGGAUGCGUCCAAAAUCAAAGAUUCAAAGUAUCAGGAAUUGCCAGAAGAGUAUAGGAAAUUCAUUGAUGAGCUUGAUGCGCAUAUCAGAAAACAAGUGCACUUGGCAAACGAUGUCAGCGUAAUGGCUGCAAACAGCUCUGACGAAGUGAAACGAUCUGAAAGCCAAAUCAAGGAGUUAAACAAGCGGGUGUCAUCUGCCAAACAGCUGCUUGCAAGAGAUUCCUAUCUGACUGAUGAGCUAAGAGAAGAUGUUCGGAAAGCAUUGAGGAAUGGCGAAAUGGUGAUGCGAUUUGUGGAUCGUGCAAGACCACCAAACCAACCUGUAUAUUUGCCUACUGAGGCUGAAGCUGCCCGAAGAUACUUUGAAUCUUUGGCAAUUGGUUUGGAAGUCAAGUUGCAAACGUGUUUGCAAGCCCUUGAAGAAUUGGAACAAGUAGUGCCAUCAAGUAUGCAGAGAUCUACUAUGAGUAUACAAGACAUGGUGGACACAUUGGAAAGUCAGCAUGAUGUAUUCAUGGGUAUAGCAGCGCAAGCAGCGUCUAUACAUGAGACCAUUGAAAGACAUUGGGAGGAGUAUCGCAACUUCAAAAGAAAUUACCUGAACAGUGAUGUUUCAAGCCGAAGGAUAUCUUCAAAGCCCUCAAAUGGUGGUGAUCAAGGUUCUCUCGCUGCUUCAAUGCUUCGACCUGCUUCCGUCAAUGCUGCCAAUGCUCUCGCCGCUUCAGGUCAACAACAACAGCAACAGCAACUACUACAGCAGCAAGCAACAUCACAAUCCCAACAAGUUCCUCAAAUGCAGACUUUCUUUGGUGCUGCACCCGUGACAGCUGCUAAAAAGACAACAAGGAAGACAACGAGAAGUUGA